CGAAAUUUUCUAGAGCCUCAACCGACGCUCAGCAAAUCCACACAACAGCCGAGCCCACGAUGAUCCGGCAUCCGAUGAAAUCGGCCGUCGGCCACGCGAGGCCAGACCUCAGUCGGGUCGCAGACGGCAUCGCGGCCUCGCUGCGCCAAUUCUCCAUCUCUGCGCGCCGGUGCGCGGACCAGAACAACGAUAACGAUAACAGCGAUGCCCGCCGGCUCAGCAGUCGUCAGCGUGCGGCUGCUGCGGUCAGCGAGUUAAUCGGCACGGUCGAGAAUACGAUUAGGGAAACUAGGGACCUAACGCAGAAAGCCGACGCGGACGGCGCGCCGAACGCACUUAGAGGGGGAUCGAAAGUCGUGACCACGCCGCCCGGGUUCAAAGGCAUCCGGCGCACGGUCUGGAACGAGCCGAAUUCCCCGUCUCCUAGUCAAAUGCUCAGAGGGCCGAAUGUCAUCCGAGGCGGGUUCCGGGCCGGGUUUCAGGGACGGGGGGGAAGAGGUGCUGGGAUGAGGGGAGGUGGUAUCGGGAUGAGAGGCGGUAGAGGCGGUAUGAGAGGAGGCAGAGGAGACGACCGACCGCGUCGGGGGCGCGGACGCGGACGGAGACGCGCGGAGGGAGGAGGAGCAGGAGGCGAGGGACGGGGGCGACGUCCGAAAAGGGGUGGGGAUCGCGAGGAUGACUUUCCUAUGAUAGCCCAGGACCCGCGGGUCAAAGAUUACCUCGAGAGUAGGGAGACCGGGUACACGACGCCUUUCAACCCAUCCAUAUCGCUCGAGUCGCUGGCGGGUUGGGGCCCCGGGCUGGCGACGUCGGCGACGCCGUUCGCGCAGAGCGAGGCGGUGAUUCGACAGGCGAGGGUGUUGGGUGGUGGCAACGCUUUCCAUCCUACCCAGCUCGUCGACCGGAAUGUGCUGCGCGAGCGGUUCUUCAAGGGUGGUGGGAUUUUCAUCCCGCCGUCGGAGUACGCGCGGACGUGGGUGAAGUCUAUUCUCCGCGACAAGGAGGUCGUGGAUGGGGAGACGGUGUAUAAGGAGAAGAAGUUCGAGGCGCAUGAUGAGGUUAAGACGGCGGUGCUGGAGGAUGUGCUGUUGGGGAAGUACGACGGUCCUACAUAUACGGAACCUAGUGAUGUGCAUGGUGUUCUGGCGAGCUAUGUUAAGAAGGAUGGGACGUGGAAUGCGGCUGCUGGGAGGGGUCUCGAUGAGAAGGUUCGUAGAGUGCUUAAUCCACCUCCUAGACGGGGCGGCGACGUCAAGAGGGUUAGGGCUUGAUAUAUGUAUAUGUCCAUACUUCUACGAUUCUGCUCUAUGAGGACGGGGAUGGAGAGGGAUCAAAAGUCAGCUCUGGAUUCUAGCUCUAGCUAGGUCUUCUCUGUAUCAUCACGAGAGGAGACACCUGUAAAAAUAUACGGCCUGGUGUAUAUCUAUAUUAUACACGGAUAUUGCACAUCUCCAUCGAUUUUACUGUACUGGCCCCCUUUUAUGAUUGAUCGACCGCUGCCAAUACCUGAUGCCUUUCGUGCUUAUUCCUUUUCUU